GUGAUUCAUGCGGUGGUUGCUAAGAUACUAGAAAACGCUUCUCCAAUCCCGGGAAUCUGCUCAGCUGGGGGGGAAAAAAGAAGAGUUAAAAAAAAUCAAUGUAAGUUUAUUACUUCGGAUAUAUUGAUCUCCAGUCACCAUCCACCCUUGCAUUAAUUAGAAGUGACUGUUCUGGCCUUUGCAAGUGAGCAGCAUGGAGAUUGUCUAUGUUUACGUGAAGAAACGCAGCGAAUUUGGACGACAAUGCAACUUUUCCGACAGAAUGGCGGAGAUCAAUGUAGACAUUCAACCAGAUCCAGUGCUAGCUAUGAAUUUUAUUGAAAGAGACCCCAUUGAUACUGGAGUACAAUGUGCCAGUGACAUGUCAGAGCAUGAGGUAAACACAGAAAGGUUUGAAAUGGAAACUCGAGGCAUUAACCACGUAGAAGGCGGCUGGCCUAAAGAUGUCAACCCACUGGAAAUGGAACAGACCAUUCGCUUCCGGAAGAAAGUGGAGAAAGAUGAGAACUAUAUCAAUGUCAUUACACAGCUUGGCAGUCUGAUGGAUCAUUGCAUCAAACAGAAUAAUGCCAUCAAUAUCUAUGAAGAGUACUUUGAGGAAGAGGAGAUGGCAGGAGUUACCGAUGAGUCUCCUUCAGCAAAAACAAUCAAUGUCUUCAGGGACCCAAAUCCAAUCAAAAGAACAGCCACACAUCUCUCCUGGCACCCUGACAGAAGCCGAAAGCUGGCAGUAGCAUAUUCGUGCCUGGAAUUCCAGCGGUGUUUGGCAGACAUGAGCUAUGACUCGUACAUUUGGGAUCUUGAAAUCCCCAACAAACCAGAAAUGGCCUUCCGCCCCGCCUCGCCUCUCGUCUGCUUGGAAUACAACCCCAAAGACUCACAUAUUCUGAUUGGAGGGUGCUACAAUGGCCAGAUUGCUUACUGGGAUACCCGUAAAGGAGGGCUGCCAGUGGAACUGACCACAGUUGAGCUUGGUCACCGUGAUCCGGUGUACAAUGUGAUCUGGCUACAGUCAAAAACUGGAACUGAUUGCUUCUCCGGCUCUACAGAUGGGCAGGUCAUGUGGUGGGACAUUCGUAAACUAUCCGAACCAACUGAGACAUUGGUGAUGGACAUCAGUAGGAAAAGCAUCUUGGAAAAUGCUCUAGGAGCCAUUUCACUGGAAUUUGAACCAACCAUGCCAACCAAGUUCAUGGUGGGAACAGAACAAGGAAUCGUGAUUUCUUGCAACCGCAAGGCCAAGACUCCUGCUGAAAAAAUUGUCUGCACAUUCAGUGGCCACCAUGGGCCCAUCUAUUCUCUGUCCAGGAAUCCUUUCUAUCCCAAGAACUUUUUGACAGUGGGGGACUGGACUGCCCGCAUCUGGUCAGAAGAGAGCAGAGAGUCAUCAAUCAUGUGGACUAAAUACCAUAUGGCGUACCUCACGGAUGGGUGCUGGAGCACUACUCGGCCAGCUGUUUUCUUCACCACCAAGAUGGAUGGCACCCUUGAUGUCUGGGACUUUCUCUUCAAACAGAACGACCCUACACUCAGCUUGAAGGUCUGUGAUGAUCCUCUCUUCAGCCUACGUUUACAGGACAAUGGCCGUUUCAUUGGCUGUGGUUCAAAACUAGGCACGGUGACAUUACUGGAGGUUUCUUCUGGCCUCUGCACCCUGCAACGGAAUGAGAAGAACUUGGCUUCAGCAAUGUUUGAGCGAGAGACAAAACGGGAAAAGAUUCUGGAAGCACGGCACCGUGAAAUGCGGCUCAAAGAGAGGACCAAGGCAGAGGGAAAGGAAGAGGAUGCCAAAGAGGAAGUCGAGGAGGAGAAGCCUGAGGAGACCUUGGAGCGUGUGCAGAAGGAGUUUUUUGAAAUCAUUGAAGGAGAGCUCCGGCGCAGGGAGCGAGCCAGGGCCAAGCUAAAAUCUAUUGUGGACCAGGGUGAAGAUGCAGAAGAAGAAGAUGAUGAAAUUGUCCUCCAAAAGGAGGAAAAAGAGGAAGAAGAGGAAGAAGAGGAAUGAACACUUAAGUUCCUGCAUAGAAUUUAUUUGCUUCCCUUUUUGACUUCGUUCUCUUUUUAGUAUUUUUCUACACAACAG